AUGGCCGAAGCUACCUUCAACCGAGAACGUCAUCUCAAGUAUUUCCUCCGCUGCCUGAAAACCUUCUUGCCCAGUCUGUACACCUCCAACGACUCGAAUCGCAUCCUCCUCGCCUUCUUCACGGUCGCUGGGCUGGAUAUCCUGGGCGAGUUGCAGAACAAAACCACACCGGAAGAGAGGCUGGGGUAUAUUGAAUGGAUCUAUCACUGCCAGGUCCCGUCCGGUGGCUUUCGGGGGUUCACAGGGACGGACUUUGGGCUCGAGAGACGGAACCCGACGAAUGAGUCCUGGGACCCGGCGAACGUGCCGUCGACAUUCUUUGCGCUCCUGAUUCUAGUCAUCCUGGGCGACGAUUUAUCCCGAGUCAAGCGAACCGAGUGUCUACAAUGGCUUCCGAAGAUGCAACGCGAGAACGGCAGUUUCGGGGAAGUGUUGGGUCCCAACGGAGAAGUCGAGGGCGGGGGCGAUUUACGGUUUUGUUGCUUCGCUGCCGGUACAAGGUAUCUUUUGAGAGGCAAACGCGGGAGCGACGUGGAGGAUAUUGACGUGGAUAAGCUGGUGGAAUUUAUUGAAGCAUGUCAGGCAUACGAUGGUGGUAUAGCCGAAGCACCCUUAUGUGAAUCGCACUCCGGGCAUACCUACUGCGGAAUUGACGCUUUGAUGUUCCUCGGUCGUCUCGCAGAAGGCGACAAGCCGGCGGCGCUUCUUUCACCCGGGUCCCAUGCAUUUGAGACCCUGACUCGGUGGCUUGUUUCUCGGCAGACAUCUGAACUUGGCGACGACGACGACGACGAAGAAGACGCCCAUGAAGGCAAUGACCAUACCGACCAUGUAGACGAGGCGUUUGAUCAACUGCCUAACCUACCAGCGCCAUCAAACGAGUCGCUGCAAUGGGCUGGGUUCAACGGUCGAUGUAACAAAUAUGCCGAUACAUGCUAUUCAUUCUGGAACGGCGCAACACUCAUGAUGAUGGAUCAAUUCUCGUUGGUGGAUGCAGAGCGCAACCGACGAUAUCUCCUUGAAAAGACCCAGCAUUUGAUCGGUGGCUUUGGGAAGGGAGUGGGAGAGCCACCCGAUCUAUUACAUUCUUACUUCGGAAUGGUGUCACUUGCCUUCCAGGGGGAACCGGGACUUGAGAGUGUUGACCCGGCACUGUGCGCUAGUCACCGUGCAGUACGACACUUACACACUCUGCCCUGGUGGCAAGAGAGAAAAGGUGCCGAAUCCGGCCUUUAA